GUUUCAGGCAAGCUAAAUGGUGGACUGUCAUCAUUGGCAGCACAUGAGCUAGGAAGUCUAGUGGUUACAGAAGCACUACAGAGGGCAUCCAUAAAAGGAUAUGAAGUUUCCGAGGUCAUCCUGGGACAGGUUAAUACAGCAGCGCAAGGACAGAAUCCCGGCAGGCAAGCUAGUAUGGGUGCAGGAAUCCCCUCAGAAGUUCCUGCAUACUUAGUAAAUAUGCUUUGUGCAUCAGGUAUAAAAUCAGUUAUCUUGGGUGCGCAGGCGAUAACCUGUGGCGAUGCUACCAUAGUUGUUGCAGGUGGGCAAGAAAGCAUGAGCAAGGCACCCCACUGCGUUAACAUGCGAGCCGGGGUGAACUUUGGAAAUCAGACGUUGGUGGACUCUUUGAUGGCAGAUGGGCUGAUUGAUGCGUUUGAGAAAUGUCAUAUGGGCAUUACAGCUGAAAAUGUGGCAGUGCAGUGGAAGGUGAGCAGAGAAGAUCAGGACAAGUUUGCACUGGAUUCUCAACUCAAGUAUGAGCGUGCACUUGCUGCUGGUCACUUUGACAAGGAGAUUCUACCUGUUUCUGUGCAGAUGAGAAAGGGGGUCAAUAUGGUGAGUAAAGAUGAGCAUCCACGCCCAGGUUCUACACUGGAGGCAUUUGCUAAACUGCGACCUGCCUUCGAUAAGACUGGGACAGUUACGGCAGGAAAUUCCUCGGGUAUAAAUGAUGGUGCUGCUGCAGUGGUACUAAUGACACGGACUGAAGCAGAAAAGAGAGGUCUUUCUCCCAUGUCACGCAUAGUAUCAUGGGCCCAAGUAGGCGUGGAUCCAGCUAUCAUGGGAACUGGUCCUAUCAAGGCGGUGGAACUAGCUUUGAAAAAGGCAGGAUGGUCUCCAUCAGAUGUGGACCUGAUGGAGCUAAAUGAAGCAUUUGCUGCACAAUCCUUGGCUGUGAUAAGAGACAUCCAUGUUGACCCAACCAAGAUAAAUAUAUCUGGUGGGGCAAUUGCGCUUGGACAUCCACUGGGUGCAUCAGGAACAAGGAUCCUAGUAACUCUGCUUCAUGGAAUGCAGCGUAUCGGAGCUAGGAAAGGAGUUGCUGCUCUCUGUGUUGGAGGUGGCAUGGGGAUCGCCAUCUGUGUCGAAAUGUAGUGGUGGAUUGUGCGAGCUUGCAGAAAUUUGUGGUCACUGAGAGCUUGCGUGUGGCAUCAUGGAGUGCUGUUGAUAUUACCCAGCUCACACAACCACACAUGCAUGUUUGUACAGUUACGCAAACCUUUUUUAAUCACUCCUACUAGAAUGAAAUGGUAUGUGUGCAUAUAAAUAAAUAAAUAUAUACAAAUAUAUGUAUAUAUAUAUAUAAUAUUUAUUUAUUGACACAUGCACUUUAAUCUACCCACAGGGUUCUGGUUCUAGUAAACUGUGUACAGUAGUGCGUGAUUUAACGUGGUGUUUGUGUAGAAUAUGAAGAACAAAUGUGAUAUUGAACAAUGGUAUUACUUGGUAUAUGACUGGUAUUGUUACAGGAGUCUUGCUGCAGAAUUUAAUUGCCAUGAAAUGGUAGGGUAGAGUCUCUCUUUUUUUUCUCCCUCUCUCUAUCUAUCUCUCCCCUUCUCCCUCUCCCCCUUCCCUUUCUCCCCCUUUCUUCCUAUCUCUUCCUUGCCCCCUCCUCACUCCAUCUAUGUCUCUAUCUCUCAUAGCGUGUAUGUGUGUGUCUGUAUCUCUCGUUUGAAAUCAUGUGUAUGUGUACUUUUUUAUCGAGUAGUGCAGUAAAUUGUGAUAAUUUUAGCAUUGUGCCUUUUAUAACCUUGGUUAGAUGACAUAAUCAAUUACAUAAACAUUUGUACGAAAUAAUUGUUACUUGUAUCUAAAGUUCAUAUAGCGUAACUGUUACUGUUAUGAUCAAUGUAAAAAUAAUAUAGCGAUACUACCAGGGAAAAAAAUUUCUUUUUUUACGGGAGCUCUUUUUCAAAAGUCU